GGGCGGGAUUCGGGCCGCCGGUGCAGCAGGGAGCCGGGGCAGAGCAGCCCCGCCCUGCCCCGCCAGUGCCCCGCCGUCCUCGCCCGCGCGGGUCCGGAUCGGGCUCGGCGCUAUGGAGCAGAGGCGGGGUGAAUGUCUGGCUCCGCGGCUAGGGAAGACGGAGAGCCUCCCUGGGGGCGCGGGGUUUCAUCCAGCCUGAGCUUGCCGGGCACGGGGGACGAGGGAAGGGGGGUGCUGAACGAGAGGCCUCCUCAGCGGGGCAAAUGGUGGAGCAUCCGUGUGUUCGGGAGGGCGGCCAGCUCUCUCCAUCAGCGCGUGGCUGAGAUUCCUGUGUGGCUUUUCUGGCUUUAAAUAGUGCGGCUGUUUCUGCUUUUAGAUAAGGAGUUGAAACUGCCCUAUUCAGACCUUUUAGACCUUGAUCUGUCACCACUGUACUCAAAUCUCCUCCUGAACUGGAGACUGCACUUCUGGUCAAAAAAACAACAGGCAUGUAGGUCUGGAGCCUGUAUCAGACAAAUUAAUAGAAUCUGUGGUAAACAACAGGACUGUUGGGCCCCUAAGUGAAUCUGGUUUAUAUGGGAAGAAUCAACGUGGCCUUUGUAAAAGGAGACGCUGCCUCAUUACAACUCUGCAACUCUGGAUUGCUGCGUAGGCUGUGUGUCGGUGUCGGUGCUUGAUCAGCUUGUUCACCCACAGGACCUGAGCCUGGAUGUUCACUGCUUUGCUGUGUGUUGUCUUCUGAGCAGGAGCUAAAUUCUGGAGUCACAUCACCAGACUCCCACCACUCAUCAUAUGCCUCCUGAGGGAAAUUGCUGCUGAUGGACUGCUCUGCAAGUCGUCACCACCACUGUGUACAUCUGCCAAGGGCUUGACAAAGCAACAUGAGUGUUAUGGAAUAGCAUAGCUAGUUGCUGGCAUCACUAGCUGCAUAAUCUCCUAGCUGCUGUAUCUUCAACUCUUGGAUGUCAGUCCAAUAGGCAUCCAAGCCUCUCUCUUUUUUUUUUUUACCCCCCUUCCUGUUGGCAAUGAUAAUGAAGCCCUAGGAGCAAAGGCUGUGGGAAUACUGUAUAUGUGCAUUGAGCUGUACAGACUUUCUCAAAAUAAUUCUUCAGAACUCUCGCCAUUUGCUGUCCUGCCUUGUCAUAUGUAAAUCUGAUGAUACACCUGACUCCUCCCUGAUACCUUGUAGUUCUUUGGCUGGCUUUUCUUUCUUUGGAGCAGAGUGAGCUUUUUUUUUAAGCCUCCAUCUCUUGUGAAACAAAGCAACUUUGGCUGUAGCAGAUGUGAACAAUCGUCCAUUUGUCAAAGCCUCUUGCAUGGCUUACAUGCAAAUUGAUCUCAAAAUGGUCUUUCAGGUACAGAGCAUCCUCUAGAAGAGCGGAGUUAUCAGUCAAAAGAUUUAGAGGGGCAGAAGCUGAGAACCAAAUGUAUCAGUUCUGACUUGCCCCUGGGUGGUAAAAAGGAAAAAAGGGGAUAUGUGUCCUUUCAGCAUUCCUGCGGUGUGACGAGAUGAUUGAUGGAGAUGGUUCAUGAGUUCCAAAAAUAGGUUCUGCCUGCUGAAGGUCAGGGUCCUCUUACAUUAAGCAAGCCGGGCUUGGAGAGAGCCUGGCUGUUGGCAGAAAAUACAGAUCUUGCUUACAGGGCCUUGCAAAUGUGGGUCUGACCUAGUUAUGGAUUAAAGACACACAGGCAAGCUGAGGGGUGGGAGAGCUCUGUGCAGCUGUGGCGAGGUGUGAGCCACGGUGCCUGGUGACCUCAGCAGAAGGCUUUGCAGUGAGGUUGGGCAGCAGAAAUGUUUGCUCUGGGGGACUGCUGAGUCCCCAUGGACUUGGGACUCUCUGUCUCAAGUACUGAGUAAGGUUUCAGAGUGAGGCUGCCAGAUGAUGUCCCAAGCUGAGCUGUUACAUUAAUCAGUGUCAGAGCAGGAGAUCAUGUGUGGCACAGACUGGGGUACCUAACCUCCUCUCCCAGAGGGGAGAAGUUGUGGACAAGCAGGGUCAGAAUUAUUGCCCUAUUAUGGCACAGAGGUCAUUCUUAAAUGUGCUGCUGUGCCCUAGAUGUGGUGGCACAGCUGGAGCCAUCCUGACCUGCCCCCUGGAAGUGGUGAAGACACGUCUGCAGUCAUCCCAGCUGGCACUGCGGCCUCUGUGCCUCCCAGAGAUACAGCUGCCAGGGAUGAGUGUGAGGCUGGUGAAUCCUACCCCACCAUCUCCUGGAGUGCUCCAGUUGCUGAGGGCCAUCCUUGAGAAGGAAGGCGUGCGGUCCUUGUUCCGUGGUCUGGGUCCAAACCUCGCUGGGGUUGCUCCUUCCCGGGCUAUAUAUUUUGCUGCCUAUUCUGGUGUUAAGGAGAGGCUUAAUACUGUCCUGGUACCGGAGUCCAAGAAAGUACACAUGUUAGCAGCAGCCUGUGCAGGCAUUAGCUCAGCCACACUCACCAACCCCAUCUGGUUAGUGAAAACCAGGAUGCAGCUGCAAGCGAGGGUGAAGGGGGAGACGGCCAGCAAUGCUCUCCAGUGUGCUAUGCACGUGUACCGCACUGAAGGCCUGCGUGGAUUUUACCGUGGGGUCACUGCCUCCUAUGCUGGAGUGUCAGAGACCAUCAUACACUUUGUCAUCUAUGAAGCACUGAAACAGGAGCUGAGGAACAGCCAGCAUUCCCAUUCCCCAGCACUCACACUUCCACCAAACAACCAUGAUUUCUUUGGACUAAUGGGCGCUGCUGCUGUCUCCAAAACAUGUGCUACAUGCAUUGCCUAUCCACACGAGGUCAUUCGGACACGGUUGCGAGAGGAAGGGUCACGGUACCGUUCCUUUACACAGACUCUGCAGCUCGUGGUCCGUGAGGAGGGACCCUUGGCUUUAUACCGGGGGCUCCUGGCGCACCUGAUCCGCCAGAUCCCAAACGCGGCCAUCAUGAUGGCUACCUAUGAAGUCAUCGUACAUUUGGCCUCCUCCACCUUGUGAACUGUAGCACUUGGCUGAGGCUGCUGGGGAGGUACAGGGACAUUGUGGUCCUGAGACCUGGUCUUUUUCAGUGCUCUGAGAGGUGGUGCUUUCUGUCGCAGGUCAGAUCUGGGUCAGGCAUUCUCAGGACGCAGCAACUAGUUUGUGCCAAGUUUUUUGCUGAAAUGUGCACAAUGUAGCCUUUUUUUUCUCUUUCUGGAGACUUGAAUUAUUCCAGUGCAUCAAGGUGUCAGGGCACUGGUUUGACAGUGCCUCUUGUAAAUUCCCUUGAUGAAACAAGGGUAUGGAACUUACUGGGAAGGAGACAAAGCAGGAAGUUUAAGUGUCUUAGCCCCAGCAUGUUCACUUCUUUUGGACUGAGUAACAACCGUAUGUGGGCACAGCUGGGCAUGAAGACAGGCUAGAGCUGAGACAUCUGAGAGAACUGCAGCAAGCAGAGAUCUUUUGCUGCAACUUUUCAUGCCCUCAGAGGGGCUCUUCCACUCUCACCUACUGUACUGCCUUCUUGCCCCUAAGGAGGAUUUCUCAACCUUGGCUGCCAACAAAUUGCAGAAUUUUCCUUUGGGUCCUUCACAUGUUGUAGCCAUUUCCCAGGCAGCUGACAGGCCCUGUUUGUCUUGCAGCGUCUGAAAAGCCAGACCAGGUAGAUCCAGGGAAGAACCACAACCUGCUCUAAAGCACUGUCCUAACAAUUCAUGCUACUGCUGGGCUCAGAGCCAUGCUUUGCUAGUAUCUGUUGUGUUUCCAUCCCCUCCAUUCUCAGCAGAAAGAGGAAGACGUCUCCUUCCCCCAGAAGUGCUGGGGCUGUUCUACAAGCUGGAACCCCUGGUAUAAAAAAUACUCUAUCAUACUGAUAAAGAAAGCAGAGCAGGUGCAAAGACAGAUGAGGCUAAGGAGAUUUAGCCUGUUUCUAUUGAUACACUAAGUGUAUGGAAAGAGCCUUAUUUAUUUUUUUUCCUGUAUUCAAGAAUUCAGUUUGCUGCACAUGCUACAUUUGCCUGUGACAGGCUUGAGUGCCUUCUGUUCCUUUGUGGGUCCCUAGCCCCGAGUCCUGGGGAAGGCUACAUUGUGUUUACAAAGAGUAUUUGUCUCUCAAAAAGGCAGGGGGUAGGGUCGUGAGUGAUGUGUUUUUCUUGUUUCAUCACAUAUGCUAAAAAAUGUAACUCUUCCCCGAGAUAAGGUAGUAAUUUCAGUAAAUACAUGCUCUGGACAAGCUCCAGUUUCACAUUAGAGGCUACACUAUUUCUUUGUCUGGUUGUAGUGACAAACUGCAGAAGUCCUGAAUGUUUUAUUUGAAAUCCAUUUAUUUUAAAAUCCACUUUGUUUCCUCAUCUUUCUUACCUUCAUUCAUUUAGUAUUAGGAGUAUUGACAAUUUUACAAAGCGACACAAAGCUGCAGUGGUUUGUUGUUUGUUUUUUUUUUUUUUUUUGCAUGAAACGAGAAUAAACCUCAAAUGACAACAUU